AUGGAUUCCUCUGCGAAAUUUGCAGCGCUUAAGAAUUGUCUUUGGAUGUCUCAAAAGGUUGUGGUUCCUCUUCAGUUGAAAGAGUUGGUGCUUCAACAAAUCUCAUUGGAAGAGAUUUCCAGCUCUUUAGAAAUGUUAAAUGAGUUGCAAUAUCUAGUCAUUAAAGGGAAAACUGGACGAGGAAAUCGCAUCCUAGCUACAGGGAGAUCCUUCUCAGAAACCCUCAAGAAACUUACCAAACUCAGACGAUUAAUUUUAUGCCAAUUCAGAUUAAGUGGCACAGUAUCUUUGCUGGAUAGGGGAGGGUCAACUUCUUCUGUUCUCCAUACAGGUAGCCUUCAAACCAUGCAGAUUUGUGACCAGCAACUUGCAUACCGUGUCUCAAUUAGUGGAGAGCAUUGUCCCAAUCUUGAAUGUCUCCACAUUGAAUCCAUGGAAAAUCUGACUGGAAUGGAAUUGAGAUAUGUCAACACACUUCACACUCUUACAUUCAGGUUUUGUGGUGAAUUGAAAAAGGUAUCAAGAAGUUUUGAUAUGUGUGCAAAACCUGCAAAAUUGGACAUACAGGAAUGUCAACAGCUUGGAUUAAUGGCUUAUAGCAGGAAAUUGAAAACACUAUCAGGGAGAUUUGAUAUGAAGAGCUUUGGUCUGGGGAGAUUUGAUGUGGAAGAUCUAAGUGGGCUUGAGAAGACUAUCAUUAAUGGAAGCUGGAAUUUGCAGAACGUAGAAGGUUGUGAGUUCGAAGGAUUGAAAACUUUACAUCUUUCAAGCAUAGGAGGAGGUAUAUCCAAACUUUCCAUUUCUGGAGAGCAUUGCCCCAACCUUGAAUCCGUCCACCUUGAAUCCAUGGAAAAUCUGAUUGAAGUGCAUUUCAAAUGUGUCAACAGGCUUAAUUUUCUUAUAUUAUGGUUUUGUGGUAAGUUGAAAAAGAUAUCAAGAAGUUUUGAUAUGGAUGCAAACCCUGCUACGUUGGACAUACAGGAGUGCCAACAGCUUGGAUUGAUAGCUUACAGUAGAAAAUUGAAAACACUAUCAGGGAGCUUUGAGAUUGAGAGCUUUGAUCUGGGCAACUUUGAUGUGGAAGACCUGAGUGGGCUCGAGAGGACUGUCAUCAAUGAAUGCUGGAAUUUGCAGAACACAAAAGGUAUCGAGUUAGAAGUUUUAAAAUCUUUGCAUCUUUCAGGCAGCGAAGGAGGUGUGUCCAAACUCUCGAUUUCUGGAGAGCAUAGCCCCAACCUUGAAUUUCUCCACCUUGAGUUUAUGGAAAAUCUAAUUGAAUUGGACCUGACAUGUCUAACAGCACUGAAGUCUCUUACAUUUAGAUCCUGUAGACAACUGAUAAAAAUAUCUGGGAGCUUUGAUAGGGCUACAAAACUUGCAACACUGAAAGUUGAAAAAUGCCCCCGACUUAUACAGUUGCCAAAUCUUGCAGGUCUGAGAUGCCUGGAGAGCAUUAUCAUUAGUGGAUGUUUGAAUCUAUGGAACAUAGAUGGUAUUGAGAAGUUAGAAGGAUUGAAAUAUUUGCAUCUUUCAGGCGGAGAAGAAGGUGCAUCCAAGAUCUCAAUUUAUGAAGAGCAUUGGCCCAGCCUUGAAUCUCUCCACCUUGAAUCCAUGGAAAAUCUAACUGAAUUGGAUUUGAAACGGAUGAGGGCACUUAAAUCCCUUACAUUAAAGUUUUGUACAAGACUCAAAAGAAUUGCAGCGAGCUCUAAUAUGGCUUCCAAGCUUACAAUAUUGGAUAUAAGACACUGCCCCGAACUUGAAGUGUUUUGA